CUUGCUGCAUGCAUAAGUUCACCAUAUCCCCAAAUCCCCCAUGAAUCUAUAUAUGGAGUAUUAAUUAAUGACUAUCAUAUUAUUAUGAUAAAGGGAUUAGUUUAAAGUUUAUUUUUAAUUGCAGAUGGCCAGCUUGUACCAACAAUAAUUUAAAGUAUAUUAGUGUAUGAUUAAUAUAUACUUCGUAUUUUUUUUUUUGGGGGAAGAUCAUAUCACAAAUCACAAAUCACAAAAGCUACAGUAACAAUUCAAAUAAAAUUUCUUCAAAAAAUAAAAAAUAAAAAAUAAAAAAUAAAAUGGAAGAGGAAGCCAAGAAUUUGUUCAAGGCAUGUGUAACAAUCCUUGCAUCUCUAUGUUACUCGUAUUUCAUAGCCUCUAAAUUCCCAAAAGGCAUACUUAGAUUAAUCUCACUCUUCCCCAUUUUCUCUCUCUUCACCCUCCUCCCUCUUUCUCUCUCUAGACCACUUACGAACUUCCUCUUAGGAGGUUUUAUCACCUGGCUCGCCAACUUCAAACUCAUACUCUACGCCUUCAAUCAUGGCCCUUUAUCAGAUGAUCAUCAUCAAUCCCUCCUUAAGUUCAUCUUUCUUGCUGCCUUUCCCAUCAAGAUCAAGAAAGUCAACUCAUCAAAAGCUCAAAAAGGUAAUUCAGUAAAUUCAGAGAAGAAGGCGGUAUUGCCCUUGAAUUUUUGGUCAAAAGGGGUUAUUUUCGUAAUUUUAGAAGUGGUGUACCAUCAGAAGAAGAAUAUGGUGGUUUUUUGCUGCUUGAUGUAUUUGGCCAUUGAUAUUGCAUUUGGGGUGUGUGAUCUUCUGGUGGUGUAUACUCUUGGGUUGGAGCUAGAACCACCGUCCGAUGAACCUUACUUGUCAACAUCACUGCAAGAUUUUUGGGGAAGGAGGUGGAACCGCAUGGUAUCAGAUGCACUGCGCCACACAGUAUACGAACCCGUGAGGUCAACGGUUGUCAAACUCGUUGACCAUAUGUGGGCCCAACUGACAGGUGUCAUGGCUACAUUUGUCGUCUCAGGGUUGAUGCAUGAGCUGGUUUAUUACUACGCUACACGUGCUUCUCCUACGUGGGAGGUCACGUGGUUCUUUGUGUUGCAUGGAGUAUGUGUGGGUUUGGAGAUGGCUGUGAAGAGAGGGUUGGGCCAGAAGUGGAGUUUGCAUUGGGCUAUUUCUGGCCCAUUAACGGUUGGGUUUGUGAUGGGAACGGGUUUUUGGUUGUUCUUCCCACAAUUGAUGAGGAACCAUGUGGAUGUUAAAGCAACUCAAGAUAUUAUGGAUUUUGGCAAGUAUUUGAAAGAGGUGAUGAUAAGAGGAUAAGUUAGGUUUUAUUAUAAGUUAGUUUCAUCCAUCUUCAUGUUCAUAUUCACGUUCAAUCCUAUUUAGCAAAUGAGACAUCUAAUCAUUUAUUUUCGUAAAA